AUGUCGUCCUCCGUCGCUGCCAACGUCACCGCUGCUGGUCAGCGAGCUGGCAAAAAGGCCACCACUCCUGCCGCCGACAAGGCCAGCAAGGUGCAGAACGUGCGAUAUUCGCACCGAAAGGCAGCUGUCUACGACCCCAAGGACAUCCCCACCUUCGAUGUUCCUCAGUACACCGUCAAGGACUUGCUCUCUGCCAUCCCUGCUCACUGCUUUGAGCGCUCGGCUUUCAAGUCCUUCACCUAUGUGUUCGCUGACUUUGCCAUGAUCGCUGCUCUUGGCUUUGCCGCUAGCUACAUUGACCCCACCGUCGCUAGCACCUUCUCCGGUCUCAAGUCUAACGCUCUCUCCCCUUACAUCUCUUUGGGCGUUCAGCAGGCUCUCGCUCGCUUCGCUGCCUGGUCCACUUACUGGAUUCUCCAGGGUAUGGUUUUCACUGGUGUUUGGGUUAUUGCUCACGAGUGCGGUCACCAGAGUUUCAGCACCAGCAAGACCAUCAACAACGCCGUUGGUUGGGUUCUUCACUCUGCCCUCCUUGUCCCCUACCACUCGUGGAGGAUCUCUCACGCCCGCCACCACGCUGCCACUGGUCACCUUACCCGUGAUGAGGUUUUUGUUCCCCGUACCCGUCAGCAGCGUGGCCGUCUCCCUCUUCAGCCCGCCCCCAAGUCUGGCGAUGACUCCAAUGAUGAGGAUGUCGUCGAGAAGGAGGUUGGAGCCCCCAACGUUGACGAGACCUGGGGUGAGUGGCUUUCUGAAGUUCUCGAGGAUGCCCCCCUCUACAACUUGUUCUACAUCUUCGUCCAGCAGCUUCUCGGCUGGCCCCUUUACCUCCUUAGGAACGCUUCCGGUCAACUUCACUACCCCAAGUACACCAACCACUUCAACCCUGAUGCCAUCAUUUUUGACAAGCGCCACCGCUCCCAGAUCAUUGUCUCCGACAUUGGUAUCGCUGCUACUCUUAGCGCUCUCACUGCCUGGGGCAUGCUUUCCAAGGGCGGCUUCUCUGACGUCUUCCGCUACUAUGUCAUCCCUUACUUCUGGUGCAACCACUGGCUUGUCAUGAUCACCUACCUCCAGCACACCGACCCCGCUCUACCCCACUACAAGGCCGAAGCCUGGACUUUCCCUCGUGGCGCUCUUUGCACCAUUGACCGCAAUUGGCUCGGCCCCGUCGGCCCUUACCUCUUCCACGGUAUUGCCGAGACCCACGUCCUCCACCACGUCUCGAGCAAGAUCCCUCACUACAACGCCUGGGAGGCUACUGAGGCGCUUAAGGCUCGUCUUGGCCACCACUACGUCAAGAGCACCGAGAACGUCUUCGUCUCGCUUUGGAAGAGCAUCAACACCUGCAAGUUCGUUGACGAGAGCGACCAGGUUGCCUUCUACCGCACCGUUGACGGUGUUCCUCACCGUGUUGUCUCUCCCGACAGCACCUACGCCUCCGACUCUGGUAUCGCCCUCUCCGAGUGA